AUGUGGUUUGUGUGGUUUUCCAUACCGGCUCUCAGCAAGGAGAUCCGAGAAAGGAUUAUCGUCUCCAAAAAACUGAAGCCUUCAGGUCAACACCACCAUGGUAUUGAUUUACUCAGCUUUGAUGUACUCAGCUGUGAUACACUAAGCGGAAACUUUUCACUACACCGCACAAAACAACAGUACACCAUACCACACCGCACCGCACCACACCGCACCGCACCACACCACACCGCACUUCACCACACCACACCGCACCGCACUGCACCACACCGCACAAACAACAGUACAACAUACCACACCACACCACAGUUCAUAUUAUCACACCACACUGCAUACACUAUACCACACCACAUCACACCACACCACACCGCACAUAACCGCACCACACCGUACCAUACCACACCACUCCACACCAGACCGAACCGCACCGCACAACACUGCACAAAAAACACCGCACCACACUGCACAAAAACACUUCACCACACCACACCACACCACAUCACACUUCACCACACCACACCGCACCACACCGCACAAAACAACAGUACAACAUACCACACCACACUACACCACAGCUCAUAUUAUCACACUACACUGCAUAUACUAUACCACACCACAUCACACCACACCACACCGCACAUAACUGCACCACACCGUACCACACCACACCACUCCACACCAGACCGAACCGCACCGCACCACACUGCACAAAAAACACCACACCACACUGCACAAAAACACUACACCACACCACACCACACCACACUUCACCACACCACACCGCACCGCACCACACCGCACAAAUCAACAGUACAACAUACCACACCACUUUGCACGGAAAAGAAUUUCAACGUUUAA